GUUCACCGAGAGCAGCUCCCUCUCUCUCUCUCUCUCUCAAUGAGAGAGGAAAGCUGUAAACACAGCAGGGCGGCUGCGCCUUAACUAGGACAAUAAAGCGCUUUCCCUAUCAAUGCACUAACGAUGAACUUAGUCGGAAUGAUCGCGAUAAAGCUACUGUGCUUGCUGUGCGCCUUGAAAUCCACCCAGGGUUACUAUGGCAACCCUUUGAACAAGUACAUCCGCCACUAUGAAGGUCUUUCCUAUGACACAGGCUCGGUACACAACAACCAUCAGAGAGCCAAGCGUGCACUUUCUCACGAGGACCGGUUCCUUCAUCUGCAGUUCCAUGCUCAUGGAAGGCAUUUUAAUCUGAGAAUGAGGCGAGACACAAGGCUCUUCUCUGAAGAUUUUAAACUGGAAGUGUCUGGAGAAGAAAUCAACUAUGACACCUCACAUAUCUACUCCGGUGAACUCUUUGAUGAGCAGGGGAGCAUUACUCAUGGCUCUAUCGUCGAUGGUAAGUUUGAGGGCUUUAUUAAGACACAUCGUGGGACCUUUUAUGUGGAGCCCAGUGAAAGAUACUUGGAAGACAAAAAAGUGCCAUUCCACUCUGUUAUCUACCAUGAAGAUGACAUCAACUACCCUCAUAAAUAUGGGCCUGAGGGAGGCUGUGCAGACCACUCAGUCUUUGAGAGGAUGAAGAAAUACCAGGUUUCUGCUGUAGAAGAGCCAGCCAAGGAAACAAAUGUGGUGUCGGAGAAGAAGUCGUCAGAUGACAGUAUGUUACUGAGGAAAAAAAGGAUGACUCAGGUGGAGAAGAACACCUGUCAGCUCUUCAUCCAGACAGACCAUCUCUUCUUCAAACGCUAUAAGACCAGAGAAGCCGUCAUUGCUCAGAUCUCCAGCCAUGUUAAGGCAAUUGAUGCAAUCUACCAAGGCACAGAUUUUCUCGGCAUCCGCAACAUUAGUUUCAUGGUGAAGAGAAUUAGGAUCAAUACGACUAAUGAUGAACGAGACAGGUCCAACCCUUUCCGCUUUGCUAAUAUCGGAGUGGAGAAGUUUCUGGAGCUGAACUCUGAGCAGAACCAUGACGAUUACUGCCUAGCUUACGUCUUCACUGACAGAGACUUUGAUGAUGGUGUGCUGGGGCUGGCCUGGGUUGGAGCACCCUCAGGGAGCUCUGGUGGGAUCUGUGAGAAGAGUAAGCUGUAUUCUGAUGGGAAAAGAAAAUCACUGAACACUGGGAUCAUUACCGUGCAAAACUAUGCUUCCCACGUGCCACCAAAAGUCUCACACAUUACUUUUGCCCAUGAAGUGGGACACAACUUUGGCUCUCCACAUGACUCAGGUCCUGAGUGCACUCCUGGAGAAUCCAAGAGCCAGGAUAAGAAAGAGAAAGGCAACUACAUCAUGUAUGCAAGAGCCACGUCAGGAGACAAGCUCAAUAAUAACAAGUUCUCAGUGUGCAGUGUUCGUAACAUUAGCCAAGUGCUGGAGAAGAAGAGGGGCAACUGCUUCGUGGAGUCUGGGCAACCCAUUUGCGGUAACGGCCUGGUAGAGCCAGGAGAGGAGUGUGACUGCGGCUACAGUGACCAGUGCAGAGACCUGUGCUGCUAUGAUGCCAACCAGCCAGACAACAAGAAGUGUAAACUCAAACCUAACAAAGUCUGCAGUCCCAGCCAGGGACCAUGCUGCACUCCUGAGUGCACGUACAAGAGCCGUAAUGAGAAGUGUCGGGAUGAGUCAGAGUGCGCCCACCAGGGCAUGUGUAAUGGCGCCUCAGCCCAGUGCCCUACAUCAGAACCCAAAGCCAACUUCACUGCCUGUCAUGGAGAAACACAAGUCUGCCUUAAUGGGGGAUGUUCUGGCUCUAUCUGUGAGAAGUAUGGACUGGAGGUGUGCACCUGUGCUAGUGUUGAUGGGAAAGAUGAGACAGAACUGUGUCAUGUCUGCUGCAUGGAGAAAGCGAACCCCAGCACCUGCAGCAGUACAGGAUCCGAGCGCUUGGCUCGAUUCUUCAAUAAGAAGGUGACAACGCUGCAGGCUGGCUCGCCCUGCAAUGACUUCAAGGGAUACUGCGAUGUGUUCAUGAAGUGCAGGCUGGUGGAUGCUGAUGGGCCUCUGGCCAGACUGAAGAAAGCUAUCUUCAACCCUGAGCUCUACGAGAACAUCGCUGAGUGGAUAGUGGCUCACUGGUGGGCAGUAUUGCUGAUGGGCAUUGCUCUGAUCAUGCUCAUGGCUGGAUUUAUUAAGAUUUGCAGCGUGCACACACCCAGUAGUAACCCCAAACUACCUCCACCUAAACCUCUACCAGGCACUCUGAAGAGAAGACGAGCCCAGCAUGCUAACCAGCAGCAGCAGCAGCAGCAACAACAUCAUCAACAUCACAACCAGAACCAGCACCAGCACCCCCACGCCCACGGCCAUCAGAACCAGCGUCCCUCCCAGCGCCAGCCGCAGCCCCAGCGCCACCACCGGCAGCCUAGAGAAAACUACCAGAUGGGCCAGAUGAGACGCUGAGACCCCCGUCACACCCGGCAAGCAAAUAUCACCACUACCACUCCCCUCCCAGUGCCUGCCUACAGUGGGAUUAACAGUCACUUAAGUUUUCACUACUUCACAGCCAGAUGCGGAGAAUUCUAGUCUUAAAACAACGCAAAUUCCGUUCCAGUCGUCAAGAAAUCUGAAAUUCUUUACUAUGUGCAGUUCUAGAACUCCAGUUUGCUUUGAUCUGGAUUUGUUCCUUCUGGCUGUAGAACGAGGCUUUACUCCAAAGAAUCCAACUGGACCAGCACAUGAAAUCAUCACUACACUCCCAACCUCGCAUUUGCAUCAACCGGGACCAUUUUAACAGCUGUAUGCCACAGCUGCUUAUUAUAAAACGAACAGUAUGCUAAAGUGAGAGCAACUUUUGUUCCUAGUCAUAUACUCGACAAGAAUCGUUUACAAUAUUCUGUCCAGCUGUACACAGAGGAACCUGGACUAGUUCAUUAUGCUUCCAUUCACCCUACCUACAGUCUUUAUACUGAGCCACUAGGUGAUGGUCAAGAUCUCUGCUGCGUUCUGUACGAGAUCAGACAGAAUACGUGGAUGUCUGUCUCUCUGGUUUCUGUACCAGAAAAAUCUCAGCAGACAAAAUGAAAACAUCUCCAACUUUUCUUUCUCUCUCUCUCUAGCCCUUGGAAAAAAUAGUUAUGAACAGCAGAUGGGAAUCAAGGCAUUCUUUCAUAAAAUAGUCUUAGUUUUUUUUGUUUGUUUUGUUUUCUGUUGUCUUCCCCCCCUCUCUUCUUUAUUCCGUACUCUUAUUGUCGGCAUAUUGAAAGUGUGCCAAGGUUUCAAGGACCAGGCACAAAAACAGCAUCAAGUGAAUCAACGUUUUGUUUCAAGCACUCAAUUAACAUUGACGCACAUGGUUUGUAACGAAAGCAUCUAUUUAAUGCCAUCAAAGCCAGGGAGCGAGGCAAGCUUCAUCUGAAUAUUUACAACAUGUUUCCACUUUACAACAUUUUUUUUCUUCAAUCCAGCAGAGGGAUCAAGCCUGAUGUCUUCUUCAUGCAGCAGCUGCCUACUGCGCCACUGUACAGAAUAACAACUGUAAAGAUGAUAAAAAAAAAAGAA